UUUUGUAUCUUAAAAGCAGACGUCAGCAAUAUAUUGAACCAAAAAAUUAAAUUCGCUUUUGCCCGUUUUUCAGUUGAACAUCACAAUCCGUUCAAGUCGCGGAUAGGUUUAUUGUAGAGUUUUUUUCUUUAAGUAAUUGGAGUGUAAAACAAAAAAACCAACACCAUGGAUGCCAUUAAGAAGAAAAUGCAAGCGAUGAAAAUCGACAAAGAUAAUGCAUUAGAACGGGCAACUCUUUGCGAACAACAAGCUCGUGAUGCUAACUUGCGUGCAGAAAAGGCUGAAGAAGAAGCUCGUAACCUACAAAAGAAAAUCCAAACAGUUGAAAAUGAAUUGGAUCAAACACAAGAAGCUCUUACACAAGUUAUGACAAAAUUAGAAGAGAAAAAUAAGGCAUUACAAAAUGCUGAAUCAGAAGUAGCUGCUUUGAAUCGUCGUAUUCAAUUGCUUGAAGAAGAUUUGGAACGUUCUGAAGAACGUCUUGCCUCAGCGUCAGCUAAACUUUCGGAAGCAUCUCAAGCUGCUGAUGAAAGUGAACGGAUACGAAAAGCACUUGAAAAUCGUACAAAUAUGGAAGAUGACAGAGUAGCUAUUUUGGAAGCACAAUUAGCACAAGCAAAAUUAAUUGCUGAAGAAGCAGAUAAAAAAUAUGAAGAGGUUGCUCGUAAACUAGUCCUUAUGGAACAGGAUUUGGAACGAUCAGAAGAAAAAGUUGAACUUCUUGAAAGUAAAAUCGUUGAGCUUGAAGAAGAACUUCGUGUUGUAGGCAACAACUUGAAAUCUCUUGAGGUUUCAGAAGAAAAGGCCAACCAACGUGAAGAAGAAUACAAGAACCAAAUCAAAACAUUGAACACUCGUCUAAAGGAGGCUGAAGCCCGUGCUGAAUUCGCUGAGCGUUCAGUCCAAAAAUUGCAAAAAGAAGUCGACAGACUCGAAGACGAACUGAUCAUUGAAAAAGAACGAUAUAAAUUAGUAAUGGGAGCUUUAGAUGAAGCAUUCGUAGAACUAAUUCCAGGAUUAAAUGAAGCAUAUGAUGAAAAGGGACAACCCAGACCAGCUGAAGCACCUAAACCACCAGAACCAGAACCAGCUGAAGGUGAAGCACCUGCAGGAGAAGGUGAAGCAGGAGCCGAGGGUGAAGCUGCUAAGGAAGGUGAAGCUCCAAAAGAAGGCGAAGAGCCUAAAGAAGGCGCUGAGGGUGCACCAGCAGAAGGAGGAGAAGCAAAACCAAAAGAACCAACGCCUCCACCAAAAGAGCCAACACCUCCUCCACCACCACCACCACCAUUCGAAUAUGCUAUAGAUUUACCACCAGAGGGUGCUGAAGUUCCAUACGUCAAAAACUACGACGGACCAGUGCCUACUGGUGAAACAAUUACUGUUCCAACAGAAGGAGCUCCGGCAGAGGGAGCUGCUCCACCAGCUGAAGGAGCCCCACCAGCAGAGGGAGCUGCACCACCAGCCGAAGGAGCCGCACCCCCAGCUGAGGGAGCUGCACCACCUCCAGCUCCAGCCGAAGGUGCUGCUCCACCAGCCGAAGAAGCUGCUCCUCCAGCAGAAGGAGCUGCUCCGCCAGCCGAUGGUGCUGCUCCACCAGCACCAGCGGAAGGAGCGCCUCCAGCCGCCCCUGCAGCAGAUGCACCAGCCGAAGCACCAGCGCCGCCAGCAGAUGCUCCACCUUCUUAAAUUAAUUUACCUAUAAAAAAAUUACAACAACUUUAUCAUAUAAUAAUAAUAGAAUUUGCUAUACGAAAAAUGAAAAACAGAAAAAAAAAAGAAACACAAACAGUCCGUCUAAUGAAACACCAUUUUUUUAAUUUUUUAAUACGAUCAAUAAAAAAAAAAGAAAAUAAAAAAAAUUUUUUAAUAUUGGCAUGUACAUAAUUUAUUAUAUAUUUACAUACAUAAGUAUAUUAUAUUUAUAUAAAAUACUAGUUAUAAUAUUUAAUGUUUUCAGAUGAAACAUGAAUUUUUUUUUUAAUAUCGAUAUAAAAAAUUUCAAAUUUGCUAUUAACGA